CGACGAACAUGUGGCUUCAACGACUAUUCCCUACCGUCCUGGCUCGUUCCUCGACAGCGACAACGACACGUCUAUUCACCGUGUCUGCAGCACUUAAAAAUGGAAAUUCACCCAUUACACCCCCACCUGGACUCCCAGAACGGGAACAGACCAUUUACAAGAAGCUGAUUGACCGAUUUUCACCGUCUCAACUACAGGUGGAGGAUGUGUCUGGGGGCUGUGGGACCUUCUAUGCUAUUGUCAUUGCAAGCGAGAACUUCAAAGGCUUGCCGAUAGUAAAGCAACAUCGUUUGGUCACUGAUACACUGAAAAAGGAGAUUGAAGGAAUUCAUGGACUUCAGCUUAAGACAAUCCCUCAGUAAAAGAAAGCCUGGGCUCGUGCCAUGUCGACUCCGCUCGCUGGCUUAUUUAUUGCACACUAGACCUCGGGAAGGAGACAGAUGUCUUCUUCGUCCUCAGUGCUCCUCGUGGUCUCCCCCGGGAAUCAACGGGGCUCUGUCAUUGGUAUCUCCCAUUCUGUCAUACCAGACUAAUCGCAUUUCCGUGUUAGACCUA